UACGUGCGUGCGUGCUGCGUGCGUGGCGGAGGCGGAACGCGUUACGUCGGCAGCCGGGGUUGCGAGCUGUUUUUGCUCUUUUGCGUCGCAGAGAAAGAGACUGGCCGAGCGUUGAUAAUAGAAGAACGAAUCCGAGGAGGCGAAGACCGGUGCAGACACGGCAUUAAGGCUGCCAUGGCGUACGCGUACCUCUUCAAAUACAUCAUCAUCGGGGACACGGGAGUGGGAAAAUCCUGUUUAUUAUUACAGUUCACAGAUAAGCGCUUUCAACCAGUGCAUGACCUCACCAUCGGUGUAGAAUUCGGUGCACGAAUGAUCACUAUCGAUGGAAAACAGAUCAAGCUGCAGAUCUGGGAUACGGCUGGUCAGGAAUCCUUCCGAUCCAUCACCAGGUCCUACUACAGAGGAGCCGCUGGAGCACUCUUAGUGUAUGACAUCACAAGAAGGGACACCUUCAACCACUUGACGACCUGGUUAGAAGAUGCACGUCAGCAUUCCAACUCCAACAUGGUCAUCAUGCUCAUCGGAAACAAGAGUGAUCUGGAGUCCCGGAGGGAGGUGAAGAAGGAAGAAGGGGAGGCCUUUGCUCGAGAACAUGGCCUCAUCUUCAUGGAAACCUCUGCCAAGACGGCGUCAAACGUAGAAGAGGCAUUCAUCAACACAGCGAAGGAGAUCUAUGAGAAGAUCCAGGAAGGUGUCUUUGAUAUAAACAACGAGGCGAACGGCAUUAAAAUCGGACCUCAGCACGCCGCCACCAACGCCACGCUCGGGGGCAACCAAGGGGGCCAGCAGGCCGGAGGCGGGUGUUGCUGAAGCAGUCUCCCUUCUACUUGACUGGUUGGGCCUACUAACCUUUUCUUAACACCCUACCACCCCCCUCCCCACCCCACUCCAGCCCAGACCCCCGAAGUCGACCCAUUUACUAGAUGGCUGUCCGUCGAGAGCGACACCAAGUCCUUCACAACUGUUGUCGAGCUCUCUGAGGUCUGUCCUGCCUCCUGCAGAUAUGGUUUAAAGUUCACCUAAAAAGACCAGCUUUUGGAGGAUUGCAUUCAUAAUCUACUUGCAUUUGAUUUUCUCGUCAGUUACUAUAAUCGAUUUUUGUUUUUUUUUUUUUAAUUUUAUUUUAAAUUUUGUUAAUUUUUCAAUUUGCAUUGUUCGUGCCCCUUUUUGACUUCAAAGCUGAAUUAUUUAAAACACUACAAGGCCAUCUGAGUAUUUUAAUCAGUUUAUGCCCAGGAACUUCCUGGCCACUUUGGUUAUCUAAAGUGACACACAUUUAAGAAAAUCAGAAGGAAAACAAAGGAAAGAAAAAUAAGACUUUGUCGAGAGCUGCCAGCCAUUUUCAAACUGAAGAAGAGAAGAAAAUCUGGACUGUUUUAAUUCUGUAUUUAUCAUUUACGUUUUGUAUAUAGUUAUUGCUUUGGUGUAUCUCGACCAAGCUAAACUUCUGUAUGGAAGUUGCUGAAACUCUAUACUGUACACAUGGAGCUGGGAAAUGCAACAGUAUUGCUGUACGUUGUAGUCCAGAACCCGCUUUGACACUUUUCAGCUGCACCUGCGUUCUCCACCUUCGUGUGUUGGUCAUGCUAUCGCCAUGUCCCCUUUGCUCAACUCCCCAGUAAACCUUGAACCCUCUCCAUGUGUAGCAUCUCGUUAUUCCUCCUCUGUUUUAAUGCCAAACUGUGUGCUCCAUACUCACAUCUCCAGAAAGUGGAUCAGCUUUUUUUGCCUUAAAGAUGCAAAUAUUUUUAGCGGUGGGAAAAAAAAAAUAGCAUAACUCAGUCCAGAGGGAUUCAUACCUACAUAUCCUUUUUAUCAUUGUCAGAAAUUGAUCUCCAGGUUAAUCUUCUACAGAAUUUCACUGCGGACGGACAUUAACUUAGAUGAGUUUUUUUUUUUUUUUUUUUUUUUUGUGUAAAGACUUGCUUUAUUUGGCAGUGUGUUCUGUCUGUUGUUAUACAGUGAAAAUCUUUGUCUGUUGUACGAAGGGUUUGAUAGAAGCCAAACCUAUAUCUUUGUGACCCUCAAAUUUAUUUGCUGUGUUGAUACUUAAAAUGUUACAAUAAUAAAUAAAAAAAAAAAAACAA